GUUUCUCUUUCUUCCUUCUCGCGCUCUCUCUCUCUCUCUCUGCAACCAUUCCUCCGCCUCCAUUGAUUCUCAAUUCUUCCUUUUGUUACUGUCUUUUCCUCUUUCUCCAAGGAUGCGCUAUUGACUGUUGUACACCAACUGCCGGAGGAAGGAGGAACUGCACUUUGAACCGCCGCCGUAUACUAGUUAGAGGGUUUUCUUUCGUUUUUUGUUGUCCUCAGGUUCACGAUCUGAGGCCUCUUUUCCCUUUCUGGCUUCUCAACAAUGAGCGCUUCACGGUUCAUCAAGUGUGUCACCGUUGGCGAUGGUGCUGUUGGCAAGACUUGUCUCCUUAUUUCAUAUACCAGCAACACCUUCCCCACUGAUUAUGUGCCUACAGUUUUCGACAAUUUCAGCGCAAAUGUGGUUGUGAAUGGGAGCACUGUUAACCUAGGGUUAUGGGAUACAGCUGGACAGGAGGAUUAUAACCGACUAAGGCCUUUGAGUUAUCGUGGGGCUGAUGUUUUUAUUUUGGCAUUCUCUCUCAUUAGCAAGGCCAGCUAUGAAAAUGUUUCUAAAAAGUGGAUUCCAGAGUUGAAACAUUAUGCUCCAGGAGUACCAAUUGUUCUUGUUGGAACUAAGCUUGAUCUUCGAGAUGAUGAACAGUUCUUUAUUGACCAUCCCGGUGCAGUUCCCAUUUCAGAAGCCCAGGGAGAGGAGCUCAGGAAGCUGAUCGGUGCUCCUGCGUACAUCGAGUGCAGUUCAAAAACUCAGCAGAAUGUGAAGGGAGUUUUUGAUGCCGCAAUUAGGGUUGUACUUCAACCUCCAAAGCAGAAGAAAAAGAAGGGCAAAUCUAAAGCGUGCUCGAUAUUAUGAGCAGAACUCUAGUUGUGAAAACAUGGCGUCACCCUUUGUCUGCCUGUAUUCUCUCAUCCUUUUUUUUCUUUCUUUCCUUUUGAUUAUGUAGUGGCCUGAAAGUCUGAUUUAUUUCUGUCCCGCAAUACUCGCAAUCUCUGUGAAGCAUCAUCGGGUAGUUUAUUACUGCAUUCCUGAAAAUCACGUGGUAUCGAAUGAAAAGACAUGUCAUGUUCCUCACCUUAUUUUAGCCUUUGGUUUGAAUUGUGUACUAAUAGAGAUUUGGAUACUGGAACACGCUACUACAAGGGUUAGGAAGCAACAAUUUGUUUUUGGUGGAAGGGCACUAAGAGUUGUAUUGUGAUGUGCUUGAAAAGUGUAUAUGUAUGUAUGGAGGGAAGUAGGGGAAGGAUUUGUAAUGCAAAGUGUGUGCUUCAAAGAGAAACAUUGAUGGAUUCUUUUAUAUAUAAAUUUGCAUUCUGACUUGA